GCAAGCGCAGUCCAUUGCAGGUCCGACGACCUCCCACCGUUUGUCAUUUUUUUUACCUUCAUCUUGCUGUCACAUGUCCACCUACCCCACCAUUAUACCCAGAAGCCCUCUUGGGCCAAAGGGUACUACCUCACCGUAUUAUGUUCCUCCGCUGAUUGCCCGUACCUCAGACGGCCACAUGGAAGAACUAGUCGAAAUCUUGUCAGACCGUCGUGGAUGUCUCAUUAUCGGCGCUGGAGUGUCAGUGUCAUUAGCAGACAGUGAGGAGAAUAAGCGUCUCGUAACAUGGAAAGGGUUUUUGGAUCGAUUAGCACAAACCGUAAAGGACAUGCUUGGACUGGAACAAUCAUGGUAUGAGGAGGUGAAAGCCAUGUUGGAUAUUGACCCAGCGAGGCACCGCGAGGGUACUGUGGACAGACAGUAUGCUCUUCGACUCGAUAAAGCUGCAGAGAUGAUUGAGCAUCACGUCAAUACGGGGCAUUUGGGAGGAAGUAGUGACCCUUUUAUGCGAUACCAUCAUCUUGUCUUCAAGAUCCUCCAUACCCUCCGGGCUGACCGCUCCUCCCCCAUUGCCAGCUUGCUACACAACCUCCGUACUCCCAUCUUCACGACAAACUAUGAUGUUCUUUUAGAGGACGCUACAGGGAGAUUCACACUCUCCAUUGAAGAUUUGUUAAAAGCGCAAAGAGCAUAUCGUCUCAAAUCAGAUCAACAUCCCCUUGCACAGCACCAGCAAUACGUGUUCCAUCUUCACGGCAUCUUCUAUGAUGACCCAGAGCGCAAGUUUGUGCUGACAGCGAGAGAGUAUGCGAUUACGAUCGAUGAUUUUAUUAUGGCUUUGAAACCUGUUUUGGUGGAUGUGGGGAGUAAGGUCAAGACUGGCGGAAUGGCUUUUCACAGAAGCAUGGUUUUCAUUGGGACGGGCGGAACAUUGCAGGACAUUCAUUUUACAAGCCUCUUUGCCGCUCUUUACGAACACAAUGUGUUUCUGGAAUCGAACGGAUUUGAACGUGUUCUUCACUACGUCCUCCUCAACGAAACCGAAGCUACCCACAUCACCGACUUUACGUUUGAAGAUUCGCUUGGCCGACGAAUCCAUGCACAUGAGCUCCUCGUCCCCGUAGUGUACGGUAAAACAUACGACGAUUUACCGAAAUUCCUCGCAGUGCUAGCCAAAAAACUCGACGAGGACGAAAAAUCCCAUUCGAACGCUGACAGCGUCAAUGGAGAUGACGAGGACUAUGCGCCAGCCAGCAAAGAUAAAAUUUUUGGAACCGGACGAGGGACUGUGGAAAGUGAUUCGGAUGUCGGUCCGAUGAGUCCACCAGAUGGAUUUGUACCUAGGCCAUCUUACCUACGAAAGGUCAAAGGACAUGUGAGGCGACGGUCGAGUCUUUCGACAGAAUACGUGGAUCCGGACUUGCAAUCGGUACCAGAGAAAAAGGUUCAAACAAAUGGAGCAUGAAUCCUUUGUGUGGUCUGCUCCUUGUUUUUAUUCUCUAUGUCAGUCUCUGUCCUAGAUCAUUAAGCGCCCUUGUAUUUAUACUUGAAUCCCUCCAAGCCUUCCACACCCUCCCUCACCUCCCCCAUCGCCCUAAUCGCAUACCACUGUCCCAGCACCAAGACCAAUGGCAAACACCCGACACCGACUCCCGUCCACCCAUCCCCUAAAUACAUCAAGAAUGGCGGUAUGAGGGCCACCACAAAUGGAACAUAUUUGACCGCGGAGUAUGCUAGUGGUUCCGUGACAGGAUGACGGAACGACAGGAACGGGGUUGUAAGGCAAAUUGCUGCGGAAAGGAGAUAGGCUAAUCGAUAUUGAGGAAGCGGGUUCAAGGGGAGCGGUAGUAGUGAAGCUAGGAGGUACCUAACAAGCAAGCUCGCGUGAGCAACGGUACUAUUAUGCAAACUCAGAGAAUACAAAUGUACAUACAAUCCAGAAGCCAUAAAUGAAAC